AUGGCUCUGCAAGGCCCGGAGGAGCUGGGCGAGCCCGUCGAAGAGCCGGAGGAUCUAGACGACCAGGACGCUAGCAGUAUCUCUCCGGCCGAGGAGAUAACGCUGCCACCCGGGCCCGGAGGCGACGAGGAGCCGGAGGCGGCUCUCCUACUGCCCUGGGAUCGUUUCUCCUCCUGGCUGCACUGCAUCUGUGUGGUGGGCUUCGACCUGGAGCUCGGGCAGGCGGUGGAGGUCAUUUAUCCUCAUCAUUCCAAACUGUCAGAGAAAGAGAAAACCAGCAUCUGCUACCUUUCGUUUCCUGACUCCAACUCAGGUUGCCUUGGUGACACGCAGUUCUGCUUCCGGUUCCGUCAGGGUUCCAACAGGAAGACGUCGCUCGGCCGCUUCCUGGACACCGCGGACCGAGACGCACCGCCCUGUCUGAAGAGGGAGCAGGGCCAUUACUACGGUUAUGUGUACUUCCGUCAGGUGCGAGACAAAUCUCUGAAGAGAGGAUACUUCCAGAAGUCUCUCGUCUUGAUCAGUAAGCUGCCCUAUGUGACCUUCUUCCACUCGCUGCUGAAGAUCAUGGCUCCCGAAUACUUUGAGAAACAGGAGCCCUGCCUGGAGGCUGCUUGUAAUGACAUCGAUCGCUGGCCAACGCCUCAUCCUGGACGAAUCCUGACGCUGCCUAUCAUGGGUGUGGUCCUCAAGGUUCGCAUCCCAACCUCUUACGACAAACCAGGAACCUCGCAGCUGGUCCACUCCGCCCAGAGCGACAGCCUGGUGUCCAUCGUGCUCCCGACGAUCCACGAAGUCGACCUCUUCAGGUGUUUCUACCCAGUCUUCUUCCACAUCCAGAUGCUUUGGGAGUUGGUGUUGCUGGGGGAGGCGCUCGUUGUCAUGGCGCCAUCACCAGCAGAGUCAUCGGACACGGUGCUGGCUUUGGUCAGCUGCAUCUCUCCUCUGCGUUACUGCAGUGAUUUCCGGCCGUACUUCACCAUCCACGACAGUGAGUUUAAGGAGUACACCACCAGGACGCAGGCUCCGCCGUCGGUCGUUCUUGGAGUGACCAACCCUUUUUUUGCAAAGACUCUGCAGCACUGGCCGCACAUCAUCCGUAUCGGAGACAUGAAGCAAGCAGGAGAGAUGGCCAAGCAGAUGAAAGUCAAAAAACUGAAAAACCUCAAAACUCUGGACUCUAAACCCGGUGUGUACACUGCGUAUAAGUCGUAUCUAAACAAAGAUGAAGAAAUCAUCAAACAGCUUCAGAAGGGUGUUCAGCAGAAGAGACCCUCGGCAGCCCAAAACGCAAUUCUUCGGCGCUACUUCUUAGAGCUGACACAGAGCUUCAUCAUUCCACUGGAGCGGUACGUGGCCAGCCUCAUGCCUCUCCAGAAGUCCAUCAGUCCCUGGAAGAGCCCUCCUCAGCUGCGACCGUUCCUGCAGCAGGACUUCAUGAAGACGCUGGAGAAAGCUGGACCUCAGCUCACAUCCAGACUGAAAGGAGACUGGAUCGGACUCUACAGACAUUUCCUCAAGUCUCCCAACUUUGACGGCUGGUUCCGCAACAGGAGGAAAGAGAUGACGCAGAAACUGGAAGCCCUGCACCUGGAGGCGCUGUGUGAGGAGGAUCUGCAGAAGAGGAUCCAGAAGCACACGGAGGUGGAGACGGUCGACCUGGUCCUGAAGCUCAAAGACAAGCUGAAUCAGGCGGAGAGGGAGCAGCUGCCGGUGCGUUCAGGGACCCUGGCCAAGCUGAGAGACCAUAUCGAGGCCGUCAUCCUGACCUUACCGGAGGACCUGCAGGGCAUCCUUCACAAGCCCUCCACGCUCUGACCUUUUAACCCUGCACCUUUUAAAACAAGCUUGAACUGGGCUUAAAGUUGGGGGGGGGGGGGGGGGACCCUCUUUUACUCAGACUGGGUCCCAGUUUGAAGUCUGCUCGGGGCUAACAUGGAAGCACACAGCAUGUUUUUAAUUCACUUCCAGCUUUGUGACGUUCUCCAGAAUGAGUCGGACUGAACGGCAUCUCAGUGAUGAGGGGCCGGGCGCAGCAGGAAGUGUUUAAAAACUGCUCCUUUGUUUUGUUUGUUAAACCAGCCGCGAGGGCUCGACGCUCACAGCGUGUUCCAGCCUGAGCCGUGUGCACAACAACGAGAAGAUGACCUUUGCUCCGUUUGACUUUUCUAAAGAAGUGCACUUCAGCAGUAACUGGACCAGUGUGGCCUACACGCACACACACACAUACACGUACAAACACACGCACACCUUUAUGCAAACGAGCUGAGCCAGGCAGUGCUUUAUAAUGGCAUGUUACUAAAACCAACACAGAGCAUUAACAUUAAGCACCAGCGACCCAGUAAUAACUCUGCAGGAGCCAAUCGUCUGCUUUUAUCCAUGUCACAUGGUCUGACCUAUCAAAAGUAUGAGGAAAUAUUCCGAGUUGUUGUGUAGAUUUUGGAAUAUUUUACGUGGGAUUUUAAUUUGUGUGUGGCUGCUGUGAAACCCUGAGUGAUGCUCUGAUAUGUUUGGGAGCCCAAAUCCCCCGAGAAAAAGAGGAGAACAGAAAACCGUUAGAUAUUUGAAAAACACUCGCAGUAAGCAAAAUUAUCAACUUUUAUUCUUUCAGCUCGUACAUCCAAAUAUGAGCCAGAGCCCAAAUUUAGAUCUCAAGAUGAUUAUAGUUCUGAUCUUAUGAUGAUUAAUAAUGAGACAUUUAGAUUCUUUGCUUUUGAUUAGCGUGUAAUAAUUAUGGUCAGGUUACUUCUGUGUGUUACUGACUUACAUUUCAGAAGGAAAUCAUUUUUUUAAUGCUUGGAUUUUAUUUUAGUUUCUUUAAUUGAGCCCUGUGAGGUUUGAGUCCUGCUGACUGUACUUUUAAAGUUAGUCAGACAACAACAACCAUCAGCACCAAAGAGGUCUUACUGCUUUCCCUCCAAAAAAACCUGUUUUUGUAAUGAUGGAUGGGCUUUUAUUGUGAAAAACUGAAGCUCCUUUCUCUGUGGAAAGGUUUUCACUCGGCAGCAGUGACACCCAAAAAAACCAAACAUUUGAAUCCUAAAAUCUCGUCCGUACUACAGAGAGAAGGAAAGAAGCUGCUUUCAGUGCUCCACACGUUCCUGCUGCAUCGUCCUGGGAUCAAAUCAGGGAUCUUUGACCCGUCAGGCGAGUGUGUAAACCACUACAAUAGGAGCCACACACACACACACACUCGCACGAACUUUUAAACAGUCACAACAGCUGUUUGACUCCAUUAUUGUUUAAUUCAGUUUCAGAUCCUUCCUGUGAAACUGCAUUAAUGCCUUCAGUUGUUUUGACCUUUUCUGCAUGUUUAUAAUUUAAAAAAAAAAACAAACUUGACCUGACAGCAAAGUUUUGGAUCAUGAAGGAGGUCCUCUGUAACAGCAGAGAAAAAUGUAGUUACUAUUUGGUAAGAAAAUAACUGAAACACAUGAAGAGGUGCUUUUCUGUUUGAGGCUUCGGCGCCUCGGGCGAGCUGCAGGAAUAAAUCCUUUAAACAAUCAGGAAAGCCGGCUCAGUGUGGACUUUUAUAACCGCAUCUCUAAUAAAAUAAUGAACUUGUAGCUGAUUAAUUUGAGUUUAGGACGUUUUUCUGAAAGCAUAUAAAAGCAAUAACAGUUUAACAGCUCGUCUCAUUUAUCACAGCAGUUUGGAUUUUCAGUGUUUAUAAACAUCAGCAGUUAGUUUAUUUCACAGCGUCAAACUUUGGAUGAACUUCUGUUUUCCUGCCGUUGUGUAACAGCUGUUUCAUAAAUGCUUUUUUAUCAUGCUGGGAACUGUAAACAAAAAAGCACUGGUUGGAUAAACCUGUGACGUCUGGUUGUUGGGCAACCAUGCAAAUUUUAUAUGUAUAUAAACAGUGAUAUUUUACAACUUUGGAUUUUUAAUGGAGGGCUAUUCUCUAACUCCGCUGUGCAGACUGAGGAGUUUUUGUACAUGAAGCUGUAAACUAAAACAUUUGCCCACAUAUGAGGAUGUAUGAUGAUUAUUUUGAUAUUCAAACAGACGUCUUUACUAAAUAUUAACAAGAAUCUCAUCAUGCGAUGUUAAAUUGCUGUAAUUAGAUUAUUCUCUCUGCUGUGGAGGCGCCGGGACACUUUGAAUUUGAAGCUUUUUCUCCUGCGGACGCGGCUGAAAACCCCGAUUAUAAACACAGGAGUUUGGAUAUGAAAUAUAUCAUAUUAAUCAUUUAUGAGUUUGGAAAAAAUACUAAUAAGAAUAACUACAUUUUCUUUAACUAGUUUUUAGUUCACUUGUGUUAUAAGUUAAAUUUGUUGUAGCUGUGGCAUCAAUUUAAAGACGAGUCCCCCACAGAGGCAUUUUUCCUCCUAUCUUAUACGACGCGUUUGGAGAAAAAUUGGACAAGUUCAAAAUGUCUAACAGCCGUUUUCACUUUUGCUCCACUGACGUUUUUGUGUUUUUAAUGAAGCCAUAACCACUACAGCUGAAGCUUUGGUUAAAGUCCUGCUGAGACGUGUCAGAAAGUGGUGAAACUGCCCUCCUGACCUUUUUCACAUGCCGGCCUAAUUAUGAAGUUUACCUGUUUUUAAUGUAAGCAGAUGAUUGUUGAGCCUGCUGUGCAUCGUUCACAGUUUUUGCUCCUGAAACAGUGUUGUUAUGAAGCAGAAUUAGUUUUGAUUGAAAGCUUCAGAGGCUGCUGUGAGGAUGAGGUCGCGAUCGUUGGGGUCACUGAUGAUGUUUGUUCCUGUUUUAUGUCAUUAAACUUCUUCAGAUUCA